AUGCCUGGGCUUUACGACAAAUAUAUUGGAUUUGCAUUAGCUGUCGCUUCUAGCCUAAUGAUCGGCACGUCUUUUAUUAUAACAAAAAAAGGUUUAAUUGAUGCGACAAGUAAACAAGAUUUCACUGGAGAUGGUCAUGGUUAUUUAAGAAAUCCAAUUUGGUGGUUGGGAAUGGUCACAAUGGUGUUAGGCGAAUUAUUAAAUUUUGUUGCAUAUUCCUUUGCUCCCGCUAUUCUCAUAACACCUCUUGGUGCUCUGAGUGUCUUAAUUGGAGCUGUUUUAGCAUCUCUAUUUCUUAAAGAAAAACUUGGUAGACUAGGAACAUUAGGUUGUGGGUUAUGUAUAAUUGGAUCAAUAACUAUUGUAUUACAUGCACCAGCAGAUAAGGAAAUUUCAACAGUUGAUGAAAUUCUAGCUUUUGCUCUUCGACCUGGAUUUUUAAUCUAUUGCUUCUUUGUUAUGGUUUAUACGAUCUUUGCCAUAUAUCGUAUCGUUCCUAGAUAUGGGAAACAAAGUCCUUUACCAUACCUUUCAAUUUGUUCAUUGGUGGGAUCUAUUUCGGUGAUGUCAUGUAAAGGAUUUGGAAUAGCACUCAAACUUACCUUUGCAGGCAAAAAUCAGUUAACUCAUCCAUCCACUUAUGUAUUCAUAAUUAUAACCGCCCUUUGUAUAUUAAUUCAAAUGAAUUAUUUUAAUAAAGCUUUAGAUCAAUUUUCCACUAAUAUAGUGAAUCCUAUUUAUUACGUAUUUUUCACAACAUCAACAAUUUUUGCAUCAUUGCUUCUAUUUCAAGGAUUUAAUACAAGUCAAGUAAAUAAUAUUAUCGAUUUGUUUGAUGGAUUUUUAACAAUUUUUGCUGGAGUAUAUUUACUUAAUACAGCAAAAUAUGAUGGAGGGAUAUCAGAUAAAUCGAUUCAAAAUGGAAAUGGGAUAUUAUUAACUUCAAUACCACCAGAAAGACGUGAAUCUUUAAUGAGAACAAGAGAUGCAACCUUAUUAAAUUCAUAUGACGAAGAGAGCUUAGGAUUAACACAAUUAAAUGACGAUUUAUCGGAUUCCGAGGAAGAAUAA